ACAAAAUCAUAUACGGUUGAAUGAUUGUUUGUCCCAAUUUUCAAUUGGGACACGACCUUUUUUCUUUGGCAAUGCAUGUGAGUGAAGAAGGACUGACAUAGAGAGAGAGUGAAACGGUGCCUAUUCUGAAAGUCGUCUCCACGUUCUCCUUUGCGCAUAUUGUGGGGUGUGCUGUGCUGUGUGUGCCACUAUUGUCAUAUUCCGCAAAAUGAGCUUUUUCCUGUAGAGUUCUGAACCUUCCUUUCUUUUGUACAUGCAAGGACCCUCUUGGCCGAUAUUGCUGAAGGUUGCAUUUUUAGGUCAUUAGUGAGUUUCGGAGAUCUGGGUAUGUUGCAAGCUGCAUUUUGGCAACGCCAGUGUGUUAGAGCAGUGACAAAUCUGGGCCAUAAUAAUGCUUGAAGAUUAGAUGCUCCUUGAUUUGCAAAAAGGUUUUGUUUCAUAAGCUGGGUUUCUUUUCCCCCACUGAAUUUGCUUUUUGUCAGGUGUUGUACCCUACAAAAGCAUUAGCUUUUCUUGAAAGUAGUUUGUGGGUAUUGACUUUUUGCACUUUGCCAAAGUUAAGUUUUUUUUAUUAUUUUUUAUUUUCAAGAAAUUGGGUUGUCUUGGUCGUUGUGUUGUUGUUUUUUUUUUUCUCUGAAGAAAUUUGAGCAUUGCCAGUGGAAUGGUUGAUCUGAAAUCUUAAGUUGAUGCUUGAUAUGGGGUGUUGUGAUGAAAUUUGAUUCUGGGAAAAGAUCGGAAAUUGGAGAGUUUUAGUGAGUGGUUUUGGAAAGUAUCAUCAUCAAAGUAGUGGUGACGGAAUUGUUUAACUUUAACUAGUACAUUUUGUUCUUGAGGGAAGAUUUGUGCAGUGAUGGCUUCAGCAAACCCUUCCCCAAAUGCUUCCCCUGUUGCAGUGCCUCCAGCACUUGGUGCUAUUUUAUCACCACCUCCUUCUUCAUCUUCUCCAACAAACACUUCCACCCCACCAUCACCUCCCAGUUCUUCUCAGCCUAAUCAAACACAAACACAAACACCCAAUUCCCCUGCUCCUUCAUCUCCUUCUGACCCUUCUGCUCCACCUCCUUCUCCUCCUCAGGCAGUGCCAUUAACCCCUCCUCCUUCCAUAUCACUGUCUCCUCCACCAUCAUCUACACCACCACCAACUUUGCCCCCUCCAUCACCACCUGAUUCUCCACCACCAUUGCCACCUGCAUCUCCAACCCCACCAGUUACAACAUCUCCCCCCUCACCACCAGCUACCACAUCCCCUCCUCCAGCUGAAACUCCACCUUCCCUUCCAAAUUUGUCUCCACCAUCUCCACCAGCCGGUUCCCCUCCUCCUCAAUCACCUCCCACAACAAUUCCACCUCCCUCUCGACCGAUUUCGCCAUCUCCUCCUCCUCCGGCCAAUUUUCCAAGGCCACCAACCACUAGAACUCCUCCAGAGAAAGAAAAUCCACCAAAAACUACUCCUUCACAUGCAUCUCCUCCAUCAGUUUCUGAAACUCCUCCUAAACCUCCUUCCUCUGAUGUUCCCCCUCCAUCCACAUUGCCUUCAACUCCUCCUUCAGACCCUUCAGGAUCUUCACCUCCAGCUUCUUUGCCUGAUCCCCCAACUAAUAAAACAGUGGUGGGGGGUCCGAAGGUGUCGCUACCCUCUCUUCCAACUGAGAAACCCACUGCUAGACCUACUAAUGAUGGUACUAACAGUAUGUCUUCAAACAACACACCUUCACAUUCUGGAGGGUUGAGCACUGGAGGAUCUGUGGCUAUUGGAAUUGUAGUUGGUUUUAUUGUCCUCAGCCUUCUUGUUAUGGCUGUGUGGUUUGCACAGAAGAAAAAGAAGAAGGGAACAGGAUCAAGAGGUAGUUAUGCUGCUCCUUCUCCAUUUACCUCAUCCCACAAUUCAGGUACCUUAUUCUUGAGGCCGCAGUCUCCGGCCAACUUUUUAGGUAGUGGCUCUGGUAGUGAUUUUGUAUAUUCUCCAUCAGAGCCUGGUGGUGUAAGUAGUUCAAGAUCAUGGUUCACAUAUGAAGAACUUAUUCAAGCUACAAAUGGGUUUUCAGCACAAAAUUUGUUGGGAGAAGGUGGAUUUGGCUGUGUUUAUAAAGGUUUGCUGAUAGAUGGAAGAGAAGUAGCUGUGAAACAGCUCAAAAUUGGUGGUGGGCAAGGGGAACGCGAAUUCAGGGCAGAAGUUGAGAUUAUUAGCCGUGUACAUCAUCGUCAUCUGGUUUCUUUAGUUGGUUACUGUAUAUCCGAGCAUCAGAGAUUGCUUGUAUAUGACUAUGUUCCCAACGAUACUCUUCAUUACCAUCUCCACGGUGAAAAUAGACCAGUUCUAGAUUGGCCUACCAGAGUCAAGGUUGCUGCUGGUGCAGCUCGUGGAAUAGCUUACUUGCAUGAAGACUGUCAUCCACGCAUUAUUCAUCGAGAUAUUAAGUCAUCAAACAUCCUACUUGAUCUCAACUAUGAAGCUCAAGUUUCGGACUUUGGGCUUGCAAAAUUGGCAUUAGAUUCAAAUACACAUGUAACUACACGUGUAAUGGGAACCUUUGGGUACAUGGCACCAGAAUAUGCGACAAGUGGAAAACUUACUGAAAAGUCUGAUGUAUAUUCUUUUGGGGUUGUGCUUUUGGAGCUAAUUACAGGUCGGAAGCCUGUAGAUGCAUCUCAACCAAUUGGUGAUGAGAGCCUGGUUGAAUGGGCUCGACCUCUGUUGACGGAAGCACUUGACAAUGAGGACUUUGAAAUUUUGGUGGAUCCAAGACUGGGGAAGAACUACGAUAGAAAUGAAAUGUUUCGGAUGAUCGAGGCUGCCGCAGCCUGUGUACGCCACUCAUCGGUGAAGAGACCACGCAUGAGUCAGGUGGUGAGAGCUUUAGAUUCCUUGGAUGAGUUUACGGAUCUCAAUAACGGAAUGAAACCGGGACAGAGUUCGGUGUUUGAUUCGGCGCAGCAAUCUGCACAAAUCAGAAUGUUUAGGAGGAUGGCUUUUGGGAGCCAAGAUAGUUCCAGUUUCUUCAAUGAGUCUCAGAGUAGCUGGAGGAGUAGAGAUCACGACCCAACAACUGUCUUCUCCCAAAAUAAAACUGGGCAUGGGAACGUUUGAGUGACAUGACUCACUCACUCUUUCUUUAAGGGAUUGCAUGCACACAGCACCCACCUGUCAAUGCAUUUCCUGUGGUGUAAAUCUCAUUUUUACUAUUUUUGUUCUCAUUUUCCUAACAUGAUUUUGCUUGCUAUGGCCCUUUGUAUUCUUUGUAAAUUGGGCUAUUUGUUACAUAACGCAAUGUAUUUAUUUAUUCAUGUAUAAUACCAUGAUCGAUCUGAAUUCAACACUGCCCUUAAAAUCACAAUUUAUGCUUCUAUAUUGUUUUUGUUUGUAGGGAAAGAGAGUAAAAAAGAGAGAAAUGAACAAUGAAAUAACAAGAGUUUCACA